AUGAGUUCCAAUAACAUAACCGUCGAGUCUUCGGCCAAACAGACGGCAACCGUACCAAGUGACGUAGGGUACAAACUGGUGACUAACUCACUGAGAAAUAAAACGUCUAUUAUAAAGACGUGCCUAACCCUCUGUGGCCCUUCCCUACCUAGCUGUGGUAUCGGGUGUAUGCCGGGGGCAAUGCCAAAUGCAUUUGUCCGACCGCUCCACUACGGCCACAGUGACUUGCCACCAAAGGGUUACGGGAGCACCAAACUAGAGAUGAGUGAACUGAGCCUACCUGGGGUCGAUGAAGAAGGUAUCAAAAGAGCCACAACUCUGAUCCAUCAGUUGAUAGCCAAAGAGGAACAGUCGGGAAUAGCGGCCAACCGGAUAGUGUUGGGAGGCUUUUCACAGGGAGGGGCUCUCGCCCUCUACGCCGGUCUCACUUAUCCUCGACCUUUGGCCGGUAUUUUGGCGUUCAGUUGUUGGCUACCAAAGCACGAUCACGUCGUGCCCAACAUUGCACACAACAAACAUGUCCCGGUCCUCCAAUGUCAUGGAGACAGCGAUCCAGUGGUUCAGACCCGUUGGGGACAAUUGACUGCAGACGUCCUCUCGAAGGCUUUGACUAAACAUCAAUUCAAGACAUAUAGAGGAAUGGGCCACAGCUCUUGUAAUGAGGAACAAAACGAUGCAAAAACUUUUAUAGCAAACUGUCUGUCCAAUUAAUCAAUGGCUCACUUACGUAUAAAAUUCACAUUUUAUUAUAAAAUCAAACAAUCAAUUAUAAACAAAUGUUAGAUUAAGUCCAACACACAAUAUUAGAUAUUCUGGUAUUUAUACAAAAAACUAUAGUUUAAUAUAAAUUAUACCGAAAAUAUAGAAUCGAUAACUUUUAUGCUUAUGACUCGAUACAGACCUGAC